CCAGGGUUCAGUGCGAGGCAGUGCGAGGACAACCUCUGGUGGUAGGGGAACGUCGUCGGUGUUUCACGCUGCCAAUCCGUAUUCUGUAUUCGGUGAUCGUGGAGAGUAAACGAGCAAGCGAGUGAUCCGUGGUACGUCGUAAUGGCCGCAACCUGACUCUAACGUGAUCGGUGUAUUCACUACUGCUAGGAAGGUGCGCGAAGAGGGUGUUGAGUGGGUGCGAGGCCGAGUCGUAUACAAAGUCAUGAGUGACGAUAGAAGUGAAGAGGACCCCAUUAUGGACCUCUGGUACAGCAACUGGGAGCAGCAGUGCGUUGAGGCGAUCGAGGCCGAGCCCGAUUACGAGAACCAGCUACACAGUGAGAAGGAGCUAUACUCUCAACAGAUCUGGACAGGGUUUCAGACGACGGCAUCGGCCAUUGCACAGCUUUACAAAGAUCGUUCGCAGGGUGCGUCCCUUUGGUUACCUUUUCAGACUGCCGCAGGAACCGUCACCUCCUUGUACAAAGAUUCUGUGGAUGGCAUGCGGCGUUGCAGUGAAUUAGGGGUAGAAAUGGGAAGACAGAAACGUAGUAAAGAAAUAAUGAACUGGGCCAGGAAAAAGAGGCGUAUGAUUCGCAGAGAAGACCUCCUGGCAUAUCUUGCUGGAAAACCACCACCACCAAGACCUCACUCUCACAGGAGUUCUCCCAAACCUCGUAUGAUGGUUUGUGGUUCGCCACCGUCACAAAGUCCUACAGCAAGUAUGGUUGUCACGCCGACGCCGACGCCGGGUGGUGAAACAGAUCCGGAAUUACACACAUUUAGAGAGGCGAUCGCGCUUUCUGUUGUUGAAAGACGGAUCCAUUCGGGAUUCGUCGCUUUGAUUUUCUCAGCACUCGGAUUGGUGCAUCAACCUCGACUGGUCUUUCAGGGUCACCAAUGUCACGGCGUACAGGAAGACAAGCCGAACUCUCGGCCUUCAUAAGCAGCGAGUUUGCUCGGCAUCAUAAACGACCUGCAUCUCACGACGUGGACAUGGGUUCUCCCACGCACAAACGUUCGCGUUUCAUGUAACGGCGCGCGUCGUGUCAACACUAGCCUCACUCUCCCCUUGCCCCCCCUGUAUCUUAUUAAUUAAUUGAUUAAUUAAUUACUAAUUGUUCAGCCCUCCGAAGUGGUCCCGGCUGGGUAAAAUUAUUUCGUACCCUUUCGGCACCAGCCCUGUUCUGCCUCUUAUCACCGACGUCUACGAAAUUUACAAGUUGAGCCAUGAACCGACAUAAUCACUUUUUCUAUUAGCCGUUGCUCCUUCUUUGACUUUACUAUCGAAUCAAUGCAUCCUUGAUUCAAUCAUAAAAAUUGACAGUUGGUACGGAUACUAAUUACGGUGGACACCUUACUCUGCUCGACUGACUUAUACACGGUAUCUUUUUAAUAUUGUUUAUUGACACUCUUAAAGGCUGCUCUAUUCGUCAUGCCUUUGGGCGGUGGCAUAUUGUUGUUCGUAAAUACGAAAUUGUAUACGAGACUUUAUUAUACCAUUAAUUUGACAGAAUUAGAGGAAACGUUCCUGGUUUGUAAUACUUUGGCACGAUAUACUUCGCUCGUCAAAGUGGAGUCUCCGACGUACGCAAGGAUCUGCUGCGUAAAUACGAUUGGCUGACGAUUUACAAUUAACUUGGAAACUACCUGGGGACAAUUCGUAGAAAGUUUGUGAAUAGACCAGAUCCUCGGAAGUGUCGCUUUAACCUAUCGGGGUAAGAUGUUUUUACAAGGACUUGAUUGAAACUUUCUUUUUCCUUUUCCUCUUAGUGUAUCCAAAGUCGGUCGUCUGGAUUACGUAGUGCCAACGAGAGGGCGGGUAAAGCGAUAUUCAUACGAAAUUCCAUAUCUAUCAACGUGGGUUAUUGUCGUCAAUAAUAACACAUCAGUCAAGCGAUAGUGGAAAGGAAAAUCGUCUUACUAAUUUUAUUGUCUCGUUUUUGUAAUCGCGUCACUUUAUAUUGAUUGCGUCAUUAAUGGUACGCCCUGGCAAAAAAAAACUUGUUCAAACGAUUUUGUUUGUCCUUUUUAGGAAGGAUAUUUGCAAUGGUGAAAAAUGCCAUUUUUUUUCUUUCUUAAUAUCGUCCAAUCCAUUAUUAUCCAGUUUAUUUUCAUCGACAACGACUCUCGUCAAGUUCUUCACGUGAUACUGCUACUACAGCCAAUCCUGGACGAACGCAUCUACGUCAUCCCGAUCAAUUAGUCCUAUUGAAUGAAUGGAAAAAGUCUAACCGCAUAAUUACGUAAAAGAUGCACUACUUUCCGUAUCCAUCUUCGAAGACCCAAAACCGAGAACCUUAUUUGAUCACGUAGCUAACACGCAGGCCAGGGAACCAGCGACAGUCUCGUGAAAUGGACAGUCGUUAAGUAAACUCUUGACCCUACCUAGAUUUUAAGUUAACGAGCCACGAUUACCUUAAACUAAAAAGAAAAAAAAAAGAAAAGCACCCAACAGGGACGAGAGAACGAAAACUAAUGCACGUUAGACGAAUAUGGUUGAAGACAAAAAAAAA